CACACAUUUCGGACCAGUCGAUAACAACAAGUGGUGUGUGCGACUACUCAAGUCUAAUCGUUUUGCGCCGACAUUGACGACCUACGACGUCGUCAUUAUUACCUACUAGUCCAUUGACGAACGAAAAACCAAACAAGUGAAAGCCAACGACUUAAUGAAUUUUCAAUAGCUUCCAUCUGUUAUCGGAGAAAAUUCUGCUCAAGUGAAAUCAAGGAUCUAGUUUGUGACCUGCUUUCCAUGCCAAGUGUGUAGCAAGGUUAAAAGUUAGCCGGCAAAUAAUUGCAGCUACAAAGCAGUAAAAUUAUCACCAUUAUAAAAUUGUGUUCAUUUUGCGGUGUGCAAUGCCUGAGUGCCAAGUGGGAAUAAAAAUUGUUUGAAACACUGAGAUAGCAAAAGGCGUAAUUUUCCAGCAGCUGCAUCCGGAAAAGUGAAAAAGGAAAAAGAAUCGACGCUGGCUCAGUUUUUACCGAAGGAGCAGCGAGUGUGCUGUUGAAUAAUUUAAAUAAAAUUGCAAAAGUUUUAUCGUUUGUUUUCGGGGGGAAGGUGGUGGUGUGAAGAAGGCUACAACGACGACGAUCGGGAAGUCUCCGAUGUGACAUAACCUCAAAAUUAAAGCAGAUAAAAUGUUUGGUCGAGUGUUGUUCCUGACACUGCUGGUGGUGGGAAACUUUGUCCUUCACUGGGGGACUGCUACCGCCCAGCGCCGUAAUAUGGCAGACGUUGAACUGGACGUGCAAAGCAAUUCCAUUACGUUGAAAGCAUGCUACGUAGAAGAUUUACGCAAUAUUCGAGAGCACAGUCAAAACCCGCUAACGGUCAACAUAAAUCAUUGUUAUCUUCAGGAACUACCAAAUGCCAUCUUCAUACGCUUUACGCAUUUGAAGACUUUGGAGAUUUGUGACAGCCGACUUAACAACCUGCAAGACUUUGCUCUGAAUGGACUAAGGAAUCUCGAAUUACUCAACUUUUCCAGAAAUAAUCUCACGUCCAUCAAAUCUUGGAGUGAUCAUGAUCUGGAAAAUCUCCAAACGCUAGAUCUACGCAGAAAUCUCCUAAAAGGUAUCAAUUUUCAAUCCUUCAAGCGGUAUCCUAACUUAACCAAAUUGAUCCUGACCGUGAACAUGAUCUCAAUCAUACCGGAAGGAACCUUCAAAGUCGUACCCAACCUCAAGUACCUGAACCUAGGCCGUAACCUACUAACCUCGAUCGAUGAAUUCACCCUGAAAGGCCUCAACAAGCUGACACAUGCCUCCUUCCAUCAUAACCAAAUAACUUACGUGGAUUUUUUUGCCUUCAUCGGCAACAGCCAUCUGAAAACCCUUCAUUUGCAAGGGAAUCACAUCAGCAUCUUCGAAAUAGAUCUACUGUCCAACUUGCCCCGGCUGGCUUUCCUCAACAUCAGUCACAACCAGCUGGAGGACAUUGGCGAUAAUACCUUCAAGAAGAACGCUGACCUCCGAGUCUUGGACCUGAGCUAUAACAAAAUCGAAACCUUCCACGAGGAUAGCUUCAAGGGAUUAGCCAGUUUAGAGAUGUUUAACGCCAGCCACAAUCAGCUCUCGCAGUUGAACAAAUACAUCUUCAAAGAUUUCUCCUUGGUUCGAGUCCUCGACCUUUCCGGAAACCGUUUGGUCUACAUCGAAAACAAACUGUUUGAGUACAGUCCACGACUGGAAACUCUGAACCUCUCUCGCAAUGCAAUUGCCGAAAUCGAGCCAAACAUUUUCGAAGACUCGAAAAAACUGUACUCACUGGAUCUGUCACACAACCAACUGAUGGAGGAUGCCUUCCUGUGGCCAAUCGUCAAUUUGAAACACCUGAACAUGAGCUUCAACAUGUUCCACCGGUUGAAUACGUCCCUGCUCGAGAGUUUGGGUCACGUCAAGCUGCACAGGAAUCCAUGGAGUUGUCAGUUUUUGAUUUUGGAACUCUUGAAGCAGAGCAAAAAUGUAGAGUAUGGCAAGGACUACGUGGUGACAUCUAAGGAGAGCAUCUUGAACACACAGGGAAUCGAGUGUACGGACGAGCGGGGCAAGCAGAGGGACAUUGUCAUAGUGGAAAGUGCUGCCAAGACGGAGUACAGCUCGUCGGAAUACCACCGCUUUCACCUGUUGCACCAGCCGCACCUCGAUACACGCCCCAUCCAGGACAACUUCGACACCAAGUCCACCAUCCUGUGGUUGCUGUCCGGGGCCUUCGUCGUGUUCGGUGCCUUCAAACUGAUUCAGCUCAUCCUGCGACACUCGGAACACCAGAGCGAAAAAUGGCGCCAGGCACAGCACUUGGAGUUUAAUGAAGCCGACGAGAUCGAUGGCGAGAAGCAUGUUUUACCGCUUCAACCGGCUCCGACCAACAUCAUCAACAACAACAACAACGCAGCCAGGAGCCAGCAACAAUAACUCUGGACCUCGCCCUGUAGCUCCAGCCAGUGCCAACAUGGUAGUAAAUCGAAUUUUUCCAACAGUCACACCCAGCCAGUUUGGUUUCAGCCGUCGGUGCCACACUGAGUUUUAGAAACAAUUUAGGUUAAAUUAAUUUGGAAUCACUGAAGCUUGGUCGGGAGAGGUGGUCUGGUAAAUAGCAGUAGCAGUAGCAGUGAGUGUUGGGAAGCAGUAAAUUUUCGACGCCCCGAGAAGAUUUAUCAUAGCUGUUUUUGUUCCAAAAUGAACAUGGAUACUAGGUGCCUCAGAAGCUCCGGCUGCUCCGUGCAUAAAUCCUACAUGGAGAGGUUUAGGCCAUUACCUACUGACGGGAAGAAUAAAGUGUAUUCGAUA